AAAGGUUUUUCGUCCAGUGGUUUUUUUCCAUUUCAAAUAGUAUAAUUUAUUUGAAGCCUUUUUCUCAUUCAUUGUCAAGAACAGUAAUGUAUUUGGAUGUCCGUACUCCGACAGCGACCACUGAGGGAUGGUGGCACAUGCCUCCUGUCAAAUCAUAUUUCUCAUCACAACGGCCACGAUCUACGGUACGGUUCUUUGGACGGCUCAGAUUCAUCUCUUUUGACGAUAGAGAGAGAGAAUGAGAGAGAGAGACUGAGGAGAGGGACAUUUGCUGAGCAUUUGCAUAGUAUCAGCAGUACCGUAUAUUGCAUUACACGCACACGCAUUCUCUCUCCCCUCUUUCUUUCUCUCUCUUCACCCCUGGGAUGACUGUCACCAGGUCGGCCUUGGUCGGGUGACUAUAAAAUAGAAGAAAGCUACUGUCUUGUGUUCUUUUUUCCUCCCACUUGAUUUUUUCCCUGAAGAAAGUCGAGAGAGAUAGUGAUUGGCUGUGAAAAGUUUGCGACUUUUAAGUUUUAUCCUACUCCCACUGUUGCUGCAAAACCUAGAAGCAGAAAAAAUGGGGAGAUUUUGUAAUUUCGCGGGGUCCUUGAUGAUGGGUUAUGAAAGAGAAAUGCUUGCUGAUUUUCUAGGACUUUUGAGGAAUUUAAGGACGGCAAACUGAAAUUUGGAGUUCUGAAGAGGUUAAUGUGUGUGAUUUUGAUGGGGUUUUUAAUUUUUUGUGAAAUUAUUGGUGAAGUGUAAUGCAAAUGGAAAUUUUGAGAUGUUGAAGUGUAAACUUGGGAGAAGGAGACUUUUGGAGCUGAAAAUGGCAGAGUUUUUAGGGGUUGAGAGAGAGGGUUUUGUUUGAGCUGGGGCUUUUACUUGGUGCUUCUGUUUGCUCCGUACAAAAACUGUAGCUUUAUCAUAGUAGAGAUCAUUAAGUAUUUUUCGCUGUCUGAGUGUAGUGUGAAUAAAAUUAUGAAGCUUUCAACAUCAGGGAUGGGUCAGCAGGCUCAUGAAGGAGAUAAGAAGUGCUUGAACUCUGAACUAUGGCAUGCCUGUGCUGGGCCUUUGGUGUCACUGCCGACUGUCGGGAGCCGUGUGGUUUACUUUCCGCAGGGUCAUAGUGAGCAGGUUGCUGCCACUACUAACAAAGAAGUUGAUGCUCAUAUACCCAAUUACCCGAGCUUGUCGCCUCAAUUGAUCUGUCAACUCCACAAUGUCACAAUGCAUGCGGAUGUUGAAACUGAUGAAGUAUAUGCGCAGAUGACGUUGCAGCCCCUGACUCCGCAAGAACAAAAAGAUGCUUAUCUUCCUGUAGAGCUGGGAAUUCCGAGCAGGCAGCCGACUAAUUACUUCUGCAAGACUUUAACAGCAAGUGAUACGAGCACGCAUGGCGGGUUCUCUGUUCCACGUCGUGCUGCGGAGAAAGUUUUUCCUCCUCUGGAUUUUUCUCAAACACCACCUGCACAAGAACUCAUAGCCAGGGAUCUCCAUGAUGUGGAAUGGAAGUUUAGGCAUAUAUUUCGGGGUGAGUUUCAAUCUUUGGUUCAUAAGACCAUCUUAAUGGCUGAACUUUACAGUCCUUGUCACUUCGUUGUUUUGUCAUCGUGCUAUGCAAUUGCAACUAUUCUAGUUUUCCAAAUGUACAUGGGCACCAUAACUGGGAUUGGUGACUUAGAUUCUGUUCGUUGGCCAAAUUCUCACUGGCGUUCAGUUAAGGUCGGUUGGGAUGAAUCAACAGCAGGUGAGAGGCAGCCAAGAGUAUCUUUAUGGGAAAUCGAACCUUUGACGACAUUUCCCAUGUAUCCCUCGUUAUUUCCUCUCAGACUUAAACGCCCUUGGUAUCCCGGGGCAUCAUCUUAUCAAGAUCCCGGUAACGAAGCCAUCAACGGCAUGGGUUGGCUGAGGGCCGAAGCCACCGGAGACCAAACCUUCAACCCCAUGAAUUUCCAGCCUGUCAGCAUGUUCCCGUGGACACAUCAGCAGCAGCAGAGGUUCGACCCCACGAGCUUGAGAAAUGACCUCAGCCAGCAUUACCAUGCCAUGCUGGCAGCCGGCCUCCACACUUACGGAAGCAGUGAGCUUCUCAAACACCACCCUCAACAACAGUUGCAGCAGCCGAGUCACUAUCUCCAGCUGGCCGGAGGCCACAAUCCCCCGCACGCGCUCCCACUGCAGACCCAAAUGCUGCCGGAGCCUCAUCAGCAAUCCCCGGCUGCUGACGUGGCUUCGCCGUCGUUCACGAAGCUCGACUUUUCGAACCUGUUGGGUAACAACCUGUUGAAUUUCAACGAACAGGUGUCGGCACAGCAGAGUUGGGCGGAAAAAUUCGGGAGUGGGUCGGGAGCUAAGUCCAUGGAACAGCAGGAGUCUUGUAGCCUGGACGUGCAGACUCAGGAACUUUACGGUGUGGACUCCUCUACCCUAGUGCUGCCCACCACUGUCUCUGGUGUGGGCCCUUCCUCGUCAGCACAUGCAGAGAUGUUCCCCAUGCAGCUUUUAGGCUCGUCCGGCUAUCAGAACCCUCUGUAUGGGUACGGGCAGGAUUCGUCAGACGUGAUGCGGAGCGCGGGGCAGGUUGAUCAACCAACAGGGGACUGUACCUUUGUCAAGGCUGAUGUGCUUCUGGAAAAUGUUUCUUGUGAUUUGACGGACUAUGACAAACAAAUGUGCAGGGCAUUUGUGAAUAAUGUAUGGUAUAUCAAAAUACUUUCUCCCGAGGAUGCAUUGAAGCUGGGAAAACAAACGGGUUCCUCUAACGGAGGCACAGUUGAGAGGAUAAACAAUGCCGAUGCCCAGAAUCUAGUUUCUGGACUUCCGUCUUUAGGAUCUCUCGAGUACUGA